AUGGAGCUGGCAGUGUGCACAGUGCUCUUCCUGGCAUUUGCCAUCCUGCCGAUUAAAACUGAUAAAUGCGGCAUUAGCCCGGUGGCAGAGAAAGCCGGAUCUCGGAUUGUAGGUGGCCGUGAGGCAGAGCCAGAUUCUUGGCCCUGGCAAGUCAGCGUUCAGUUUUACUAUGGAUUUCUGGUGUACAGACAUAUCUGUGGAGGCUCCCUGAUCAAUAACGGUUGGGUGAUGUCGGCCGCACACUGCUUUUUGGAAAGGAAACAGGCUGCAGAUUGGAGGGUCGUGUUCGGCUUACAUGUAUUAUCAAAGCCCGGUAGAGCUAAGGUGUCGUUAAUUCAAUAUAUCGUCAUCCACCCGCUGUUCAGCAUUAGCUCCAUGGAUAACGACAUUGCGCUGCUGAGACUCAGCAAAGACGUGACAUUCACUAAGUACAUUAGUCCGAUCUGCUUGCCAUCGUCAAGAAUGCAGAUCGACCCAGCGGCGGUCUGCUAUAUCACGGGAUGGGGCACGCUCGCCUAUGGGGGCCCCGGAGCGGACGUUUUGCAAGAAGCUGAGGUAGACCUCAUACCCACGGAAAUGUGCAACAGGACCGGAUGGUAUAACGGUAUAAUCACUAAGAAUAUGGUCUGCGCUGGGUAUGAAAGAGGGGGCGUUGAUGCGUGUCAAGGUGACAGCGGAGGACCCCUGGCGUGCUAUAUUCCGGAGACAGAUAACUUCUACUUAGUCGGGAUAACGAGUUUUGGCUACGGCUGCGCGCAGGCAAAUUUCCCCGGCGUCUACACGCGUGUCUCCAACUAUGAUAACUGGACAAAAUUGCCUAUUGCUCGCGCAUGCGGUGGGGCGGAAAGUGUGAAAGGAGUGAAGUUUAACUACAAAUUCAAUGACAUGCAGUUUUGCCUUAAUUUCUUCAUAGCUGUGUACUGGUUUAUAUUCUUUACCUAGCAUCACACACGGCCUCACGCUGAGCCUGGAGCGGGUUUCUCCGGUGUUUUUACUAAUUUCUUUAAACUGCUUGUUUCUUUCUUGUUUAAAAAAAAAAAACUGUUUUAAUUUAGUUUGACAACUGUGAAAUCUGUUUAUGUUCAUGCCUGAU